UAAACCACCACCUCUCAAGCAAAAGUUUCUAUUUUGUUUACAUUUCAACUUCAACUGGAUUAACAAUGCAAGAAAUAUCUAAAUCACCAUCUCGUGAAGGAGAAAACAAAGAAUCUGAAAUUUAUGAUGAUAAGUUAGAUUCAAAUAUUGUUUGCGAAGAAGAAGCACCUAGGACUGCAAUGACAUUUAGUUCUGAAGAGGAAGUUACCUUGUAUUAUAUGAAUUAUGCUCGACAUAUGGGUUUUGGAAUUAGUAAAAUAAGUUCGAAAAAUGGAGAUGACGGAAAAAAAUAUUUUACUUUAGCAUGUAAGAAAGUAUAUGACAAAAUGAAAGACAUCGAGUUCAAGGUGUCAUUCAAUGAGAAAGAUUUUGAAUUACAAUGUACAUGUUGCUUAUUUGAGUUUAAAGGUAUUUUGUGUAGACACAUCCUUUGUGUGCUUCAAUUGUCAUGUAAAACAGAGUCAGUGCCGCCUUGUUAUAUGUUUUCACAGUGGAGGAAGGAUAUAAAGCGAAAACAUACACUUAUUAAAUGUGGUUUUGAUAACUUGACUGGAAAUGCUGAAUUCCAGCGUGUUGGUAAGGCUUGUGAUGCCUUUUACGAAGUUGCUUCUACAGAGAUAAAGACCGAAGAAGAAUUAUUAAAAGUUAUGGAUUGGAUCAAGGACUUGAAAAUAGAGUUAACUUGUAAAAAGUCAUCUCCAAGAAUUAGAGAAGAAGAUGGUUCAAUUCGAAAUCAAGUGUCUAGCAUUCUUGACCCUGUAGAGGCUCGAAGAAAAGGACGUCCUCGUGAAAAAAGAAAGGCUGCUAAAGUUGAUCAAAUUGUGAAGAAGAAACUUGCAAAAAAGAAAACUCAAACUAGCCAAAAGAGAAAAAAUUCCCAAAGUCAAGAAGAGCAUGAGCAUAAUGAUCUUUUGAGUAGUGGAAAUGGUGGUAUAAAUAGCUUAGCUCCAUUUGAUUCAACUCAAGAGCAGAAUGGUGAUGUAUAUCAGUGUGAGCAAAGGUAUCUAUGGAGGACUGAAUAUGGUACUGUAUACAAUUUAGCUCCCUUCAAUCCAAAUCAAGUACAAAAUGGUGAAUUAGAUCAGGUUUCAUAUUAUUCUCAAAACAUAAACCAAACUGCUACUUGUUCUAAAGUUUCACAGGCACAAAACCAUAUGAAAGACCAGCCGCCAACAUUAUGAAAACAUGAAUCAUCGAGAUAUGAGAAGAAUGGUUCAUCCAUCAUCAUAAAGACAUGAAGUUUUAUUUUUCUGUUUUCAUUUGCUUAUUUCAUUUGUAAGGAUUGUGAUGUUAUUGAUGCUAAAAGAUUUGUUAUUUAAUAAUACAAGACUUUGGAGUAAACAUUGAAGCUAUUUUCAAUACAUUUAACAUUGAAGUAUAACAAAUGUAAACAUAAUCAAAUUUUGUGCAACACAUGAACAAUUAGUUGCAGCACAUACAACAACAUUGUGCAACUAUUCCUAUACACUUUAGCCUAUAUUGCCUAUGCCUAAAAGAGAACAAAAGCGUUCCAAACUUUCCAACCGAUAUUGAAAAUACGAUCAGAUAAAAGGUUCCAAAUCACCCACAUAUAAAGGUUCCAAAUCAGCGCCAAUCCUUCUUUUUGCCGUUUGCUAUACGCACAGCCCAAUAACAUACUAAAAGACAGGACCAGAUUAGGGGGGAGUAAAAUUACAAGUCCCAACCAUCGCAUAAUAAUCUGGUAUCAAACAGUCGCCGUACAGUUGCAGUGCAGAAACAAAUGGACCCCCGAUUCCGCUAUGGCACCACAGAGAACACAAUCAGUUUGAUGUUGCCGAAUAACCCUCUGCUUCCAAAGAUUAUCCUUGGUCUGAAUUCAAUUAAGUAGCAGCUGCCACGAGAAUGCACAAGCCUUAGACGGAGCAGCACAUUUCCACAAGUGUUUGAACACAUAUUCCUCAUGAGGCUCACGAAUACUAUUAUUAUUAAACUUUGCAACCAUCAUAAGGCAAGUAGCUUUCACCGAAAAUCCUUCUGUCUCCCCAACCACUGCCAAAAGUUUCCACCUCCACUUUGCUAGGAGACUUAAAUUGAGCUAUUUGCAUAAAGCUCCAACCUUUCUUCUCUUCUAUAAAUUAGGGUACUCAAUUUUAAAACCAAUGCAAACUGAAUCUGAUGAAGCACAAACAAUGAACUACAAGAAAAUUUAUGUCAACAAAUAAACUUAAAGCCUCAUAAACCAAAUUGGUAAAGAGAGUAAAGAAAAGUAGUACCCAGAAAAGAGAGAGAUGAACAGAGAUUACCAAGAAAUCAAACUAAUCAUAGAGUAAAAAUUAUGGUUGUAGAUCUUGAAAAAUCGAGUAAGAAAAUCAAUAUGUUGGAUUGAUAAAUAUCAAAUUAGGUUUUGAAGAAAGGAAAAGGAACAGUGAAGUUAUGGUUGUUGAUGGAGGAAAGGCCGCAAUAAUCAUGAGAGAAUGAGUGGGUUGCUUCCAUUCCUGAAUUUCACAAUUUUUGCGCUUUGAGACGAUAAUAAGCAAAGACCAAAGAUGAGGUUAAGCAGUUUGUUUCUUAACAAAAAAAUAUAAAAUAAAGGAUUCGUUGUUAUCGUGAAAACAUCCUUCGUAGGAAUAAGCAUUUUCCA